AUGGGCCCUGCCAACCAAACUGUGACGGUCUUCAUCCUGGAGGGGCUGCCAAACACAGCCGAACUCCCCCUUCUCUUCUUCCUCAUCUUCUUGGUCAUCUACAUGCUGACUGUCCUGGGGAACCUCCUCAUCCUGGUCACCAUCUUGUUCGAACCCCAACUUCAUGGUCUCCCCAUGUACUUCUUCCUCUGCCACCUCUCCUUCCUAGACACCUGUCUCUCCUCUGUCACGGUGCCCAAAGUCUUGAUGGGCUUCCUAAGGUCCAGCUACAGAACCAUCUCCUUUGGGGGUUGCAUUGUGCAGCUCUAUACCUUCCACUUCUUGGCAAGCACUGAGUGCUUCCUUUACACUGUCAUGGCUUAUGACCGUUACCUUGCCAUCUGUCACCCGCUGAACUACAGUACACUCAUGAACAGGAGGGUCUGCUCUGGUCUCGCAGCUGGGACCUGGCUCACUGGUUCCUUUCAUGCUGCUAUCCAUACCAGCCUGACGUUCCGUCUGCCCUACUGCGGUCCCAACCAAGUGGACUACUUCUUUUGUGACAUACCACCAGUGCUCAAGCUAGCCUGUGCCGACACAGCUGUGAACCAUGCUGUCAUACUGGCCAAUAUUGGUGCCGUGGCUGCCGGCUGCUUCGUGCUCAUAUGUAUCUCCUACGUCUACAUCACAUCCACCAUUUUGAAAAUCCGGACAACGGAGGGAAGGUGCCAUGCCUUCUCCACUUGUAGUGCUCACCUUACAGUGGUGCUGCUCUACUAUGGACCUCCAGUCUUUAUAUACUUGCGUCCAUCUUCAAGUGCCUCCACCUAUGGGACUCUGGCUGUUUUCUACACCAUCAUCACUCCUAUGUUGAACCCGUUCAUAUACACACUGCGGAACAAGGAAGUGAAAAGGGCAUUGAGGAAAUCAUUCAAGAGACAUAUUGCUUCUCAGGAAUGA